GCAGAAUAGAAAUACACUGGCUAAGAGCUCGUCAGUGAUGAAACGGAAGUAAUAUCGUUUAAAACCAUAACAUUUUGUUCUAAGGGCUUUUAAGGGAUUUUUAUUUAAAUUCAAGAACUUUGGAAAUUUCUUCUUUUGAGUUUACUGCAUCAUUUUAAACAAUUCCAGCUAGCAUGAACAGAAGAGUGGAUUCAGAGACGUCUUGAGUAGAGACCCAACUACCGUCGUCUUCUCCAGUAGAUGCAACAACGCUUCCUUUUGUUUUCUAUCGGUACAAUAACGUUAGCGGACAAAGUGAUGUUGUCACUGUCCGGAAAGCUGUUCAAAGCUUUUACUGUAACUGUAGCUUGUCGUUCCUGAUUCACUGCUCGGCUUUCUGUGAUGGCGUGGCAGUAGCUGCUUCUUUGUCUGUGUAAUCUGUAGGAAGGGACUAAUGCUAUGCUUGGACAAUUCGGAUGUUACAGAUUCGUUACAAGGGAACAGAAGAGGAUAAACGCCCUUAAAAUAGUCUCUGCUGAGCCGCUGGUACUCAACUGUCAUCGCUUCCCAACUCCUUGCCCAGGCGCUGGACUGGUGAGCAGCUGAAGAUGGAAGAUGAGCUGUUUGAUCAGGUCGUGUUCGUGUUCAACAACCUGGUGUCGUGGGUCGCUGCUGGUGCCAUGGUGUUUGGUGGAGUUGUCCCCUACAUCCCCCAGUACAGACACAUCCGAAGGUCUCAGAAUGCCGAGGGCUUCUCCACCUAUGUGUGCCUGGUCCUCCUAGUAGCAAAUAUCCUGCGGAUACUCUUCAGAUUUGGCCGCUACUUUGAGACGCUGCUGCUUUGGCAGAGCAUCAUCAUGAUCGUCACCAUGCUCGUCAUGCUGAACCUCUGCACCAAUGUCCGCAUGGCCACUGAACUCAACACCAAAAGACGCUCCUUCAUAGCAACAGACAGUAAGGACGAGGAGAUCAGAAUCCCUAAGAGGAUCUUUCUGGACUUUGACUGGAACCACUUCUGGUCGUGGAGUCACUUUGUCGACUACCUGCAGUGCGUGCUGGCCUUUACGCUAGUGGCAGCCUACAUCACCUACCUCCUCCUGGACUCGGCGCUGUUUGUGGAGACCCUAGGCUUCCUGGCUGUCUUCACUGAAGCAAUGCUUGGCACACCACAGCUCCACUGCAACUAUCAGAACAAGUCCACAGAAGGCAUGAGUAUCAAGAUGGUGCUGAUGUGGACCAGCGGAGACACCUUUAAAACAGGCUACUUCCUGUUCACCCAGGCUCCCGUACAGUUCUGGAUAUGUGGUCUGCUCCAGGUCUUUGUGGACUUCGCCAUCCUGUUCCAGGUGUACUACUACAGUCGUUACCCUCAGAAGCCAGUAUCCCACACUGUCUCUCACACCACAAGUGCCAAAGCCCUGUGAGAGCCUCUGCCAGCUCCCCAAGGACCUGUCAACACCCAAGAACAGCAGCGAGCAAGCACUCUCAGAGGUGCUGUGGACGUGUAUAAACAUACACAAGUACCAAAGCACCUUGAUAUGAUGCAGGCGCUCACCCACUCCUCCAAGUAUACAUAAAGACACACGCACACCCAUAAAUAAGGCAUGAACAUACACAGACACUUUGUGAUGUUGGUGUCUGCAGAGAAACCUGGAGGACAUUUGUUACAAACAGACCUUUUUGUUUUAUUUAUCCUACUGAUUUUUCUCAGUGCAUCUGUGCUUGUGUCUCAGAAUGCAGACUUCUCUGAGUAUAUCUGUCAAUCAACUUGUGCAUGUGGAGAAUAUUAUGCACAUACAUGAUAUAUACAGUAUAUAAACUGCAUAAGUAUGCACUGAAAUCUGCGCUCAAGGAUAUGUGGAUUAGCUGUUGUGGUCCACAUUAAAUGAUGAUUGUAGCAUGGAUCCUCUGCCUUAAACACACAGUCAAACACAGCUUGCUGCAUUAUCAGCAAUAUAAAUGUAUGAAUCAAUCAAAAAUCUUAUCAUUCAACAUUACUGAAUGUACAACAUGGCUUUUGUUAGUUUUUUGUUUUUUGCUGGCACAGUGGAAAGGUGCUGGUCAGUCUACCACUUGUUGGGCAGAUGGUUGCUGUGUGCUGGCUCGGUCUCUUGGGAUAACAGAGGAAUCAUGCUGUAAGAAUCUAGAGGCAAUCAGACUUAACCAAAGGAGGAAAAAUCCCAAAGGCUUGCAAAUGCAAUUCCUGGCUCUUAAAAAAACAAUGGGCCUCAUUCACCAAUGUCUUCCAUGGAUUUUUCUUAAAUUUGUUCUGGAAAAGAUCUGAAGAAAUUUCUUGGGUAGAUUCAUGAAGCUGUUCUUAGAACAGAAUAGUUUACACCUUUAUUCCCAAAAUUAUGAAGGCAAUAACUUAUAAGCUGGAGCAUGUGCACAUUUUCCCUAAUUAGCUUAAAUAAAUGCCCCUUUAUGACCUGUUUCUACAGCUGGCUUUUUUGGUAGUAUUUAUUUUUAAGCCAAAACCAAUGUAGUCCAGCUGCACCUAGGCAAAAAAAAAAAAAAACACUUGUGGAGAUAGCUGUUGUCACCAUACUUACAGGGCUCUCAGCUGACAACCAUUUCACUUUUGGAACAAAGCUGCACAAGUCAAUGUCACUUCUCCUUUACUGGCCAAUCAUAAUCAAGAAGACUUCUGAUACAACUUGGUUUUUUUUUCUAGGGUAAAGUUUUCAGGUCUGCAGCUGCUGCCUGUGUAAUGACAGGGUUCCUUGCAAUGUCUUCAUGUUUUCUUUUUGAUAUUACUUUGAAAUAUGGAAAUAAGAAGCACACGUCUAUUAUAAAACAAUGUUACUGAUUCUACCGAGUAAAGCAGGAGUCAUUUUUGUGUGACAUAGCUACAAUGAACACCAGGGAGAAGUGCUCUGAAAAUGCGAUUGUAGGCACUGCCUGCUCUAAAAAAAGCCAGCUGUGGACACAGGCCCUUAAUGCCCAUAUAAAGGCAUGAGACUGCAGGGCAGUGUGCAUACACUUAAAUGAUUUAGGGUAUUGAAAAUAGAAAAACAGAUGUUGGGAAUGCUAAAAUAAAAGUCUAAAAAUACUGGUGCAAUGGACCUAAAGUAUACAGCAUACAACAUUUAGCACCAGAUACACUGGAAAAUUUCUCUAAAUGGUGCUGUUAUCAGUAAAUGACAUGCACCUCCCUAGUAACAGAAGAGAUUGCACAAAAUUACUUCACUUGUGUACCUUUAACUUAUAUUUUUUUCCAUAAAUAUAAAGAUUGGAUGUUACAUUCAUUGAAAUGCAGACAUUGUGAAGUAAUGAUUUUUCACUUAAAAAACAGUGAAUGAAGGUAAUUUUACUGGUGUGAAUUUAUUCUCAACAUCUUUGUUAAAACAUUCACCCUAGUGCUUUGUUUAUAACCAUAAUUUAACAGUUUGUAGUGUGUAUUGAGCACUGCAAAGUUUAAAUAAACAUUGCCCACAUUUAUAUUGUCUAGUCCUAUUAGGUAUUUGUUUAAUUAUUAUGUACCAAAUUAAGAAAAAAAAUGUGUAAGUUGGCUUUCAGGUGUAUAAAGAGUUUAUUUGUGACAAAAAGAAUUCCAGAUAAGAAAAUGGUGAAUGUCAGAAUCUUCAAAUCUUAGAGAACAGAUAUCUUUAUUAGAAUGGUUGGUAAAUGAGGCCCAUUGCUCUUAAACAUGUAUAAUUAUGUUCAGUAUGUGGGGUUUGUUAAAAAUACAAUGCCAAGAUUUUUGUAAUGAAGCUGCUAUGAUACUUAGUAGUUAAUUUCAAUCAUGUUUAUUCUGCAGAUAGUAAUGUUAUAAGCUUCAUCCAGACAGCACACACAGCAAUUUUUUGAACAAUGCACAAAGGCACAAAAUUCAUUAACACAAGUGAGCAAGGUAUAGUAAAGCCAUGAUGAACUGUUUGAAGUGUAACAAAAACUGAUUCAAUCUUUGGGUCUAUCAACAAACACUGAUAAAAGGAAGUUGCACAUACUGUAGAAAUGAUGAGAGACGCGUGCAAGUUACUGAAGAUGCAGCUGCCUUCUGAGAAGGGUUAAAAGUUGUGAUAUUCUGCACAGUGUCGUGAGUAAGUACUAGUAAGCUCCAGCUGCACCAGUCAAACCCUGCAAAAUGACCUUUACAGUCAGUCUGAUCUCAGCUUUAUGUUGAAAAAGGGAAAUUAAUUGGUUUGACUUGAUAGGCAGCUCCUUCAAAGUUGUUUUUGCUUAAUUAAAACUCACUAACAUUCAGAUAGAGAUGGCAAACUGGCAGAAGUGAAAAUCCUUUUUUAUGACUUGGGGUCAGAGCAUUUCAAAAAGGCUACUCUACUGUAAGGCUUGCAUCCUCUACUUUCAACUCAUCAGUUCUCCACUUUUGUUGUGGAAUGUGGGCUGUCUUGGUUAAUGCUGGAUUUUAUUAAGACAAAUAUGCCAGCUGUGAUGAGUCUGCAGCCGUUUUCCACCAGUCUGUAGAUGCAUCUGUCUUUGUUUUUCUUCUAGUGGUGGAAAAUGUCAUAAAAUACUCUACAAGACUCAGCAUAUUGUAAGCGUAAUUGAAUUUGUGUUCAAUGAAAGGAAACAAGUGUUGGGUCCUUUUUCCAGCAGUUAUGAGCCACGUCAGACUUCUGUAUCUACACAAGUCUUCAACCAGAUACAGUGGAAGUUUCUGCCUACCAAUACUAAAUCACAUGAAGGUCAUUUUUUGCUGUUUCAUCUAACAGGUUAUCUGAAUCCGGCUCUUCAAGCUGCUUUGAGGAACUGUUUGUGUUGAUUUUGGUGAUCACAGAGGACAGAGACUUGAAUUUUCUCUGCAUGUUUAAUUAGUCUAAUCUCGCUCACAUUAACAGUCAAAUGUAUCACUCUUCUUUGUGAGGGAAAAUGUAGAAAUAUGUCGCUUCUGUGGCUGGCAGUUAAACACUUCAUCCAACAUCCGUUUCUAGCAUUAAGAAUUAGUAUGCAGAAAUAAUCCAUCUUAAUGCUGAUGUUCUUGUUUGCAUUUUAGGUGAUAAAGAGACAUCAGUAAUAAUGUGAGUCUGUAUCAUAAUCGGCUAAAACCUCCUCAGAGAAGCUUUCACUGAACAAAAAAACAAGCGCAGCUUGAGUAAGCUACAGCCUGCAGCUCACCUGGCAGUCUGCCAAGCCUUGCUGAAGUUAAUGGGAGAAACUUGAGUUUUCUGUUUCUUUUACUGAUAUUUAAUGAAUGAGUUUGUUUAAGAAAGGAGAGGACUAGUUCAGAUGGAUUUGGUUCUCUGUUUUCAUUAUGAACAACCACACUGAAGAAAUCUUAACUUGAAUAGAAGCUAAACCUAGACAUAAGAUAGCAGCUCAAAUCCCUUCUGACACCAUGGAUCAGGACAUCAUGCGUUCAAUGAAGGACCAUUUGGACCAUAUUUCAAUGGCAACAGUGUGCCUGUGAUAGCAGGGUGGGAAACUCAAAUAUCCUUUUGUUGUAAUGGAUACUGGGAGAUACCUGGGAGAGAUCAGACCACAUUUCAUAAUAAAAACAUAUUUGAUAACACAUCAGCCGCCAUCAGUGUCAGCAUUUAGACACUUUCAUGUCACUGUCAUGUUCAAAAAAGUCACUGGAUGUACAGUAUUUUACUCAAAUAAUAUUUUUAACGCUUGCACAAUCACAGUUACUUUUCUAAUAACCCAUUUGAUAAUCUUUUGAAUAACCUGUACAUUUUAGUUUUUCUCCAGAUAAAAAUGUUGGUCUUAACUCCUUCAUCCUCUGCUCAGUUUAUGCUUUAGGGUAAAUUCAUCUGGCUGCCUUUUGUUAGGAAAGUAGAUAGUAGAGUGUAAAUAACAAAGGAGAAUGGAUAUGGACGGGCACAAACAAUGUUAUGAUUUAAAGUCCCUGUAAAGAGAUUAAAAAAAAAAAAAUCUUCAUUUUUAGUUUGUUGUAAGACAGUCUCCUGCGUUAUGAACCACCAGACCAAAUUUCAGUCAUUAAAAACAUAUUUAAGGUUAUAAAAUUAAUCUUCAAAAUCAUUAAAAAUAUAAGGCAGUAUGUUGUGCAGCUCUGGGAUGGUGUGGGCACGUCAGCUGAAUGAACUAAAGCCACACCCACUGAUAAAAAAACAAAAAAAACCCUGAUCCUCUCAGAUUAAAAAAAAAAAUCCUCCUAAUUAGAGGAGCCAGAGCAAAGAGACAGAAGUUGGGGAUUAAAUUUACUUUUUUCUGGUACAAAUCUCUGUUAUUAUACAUUUAAUGACCUAUGGGCCACUGUGGCUGAUGGAUUUAGGAAAUUACCCCACAAUGAACAAAAACAGUAUGUUUUAUAGCUGGCUGAUAGCUUUCAGUUAAGGCACAUAGAUCUCAUCUCAGUGUUUUUUAAAUGUUUACAGCAACCUUAUUCCAACAUAUCUAGUGUGUUAAGACAAAGUUUGGAUUUGACUUUACAGCAAUUUUAAGCUCAAAUAAAUCAAGUGAGUUUUAACUCAGUCUUAUCUAAAUAUGUCCAUAUUAAUGCAAUCCUUUUUAUCAUUUUUUUGUUUAUCUGACAUAAAUGCUAAGUAGCUGAACGAAUGUUAGCUUUAAACAUUAAUUUCCACCACAAGGACCUAAAACAAAACAAUAAUACAGUGUGGCAGGUACACAUUAAAGCGUUCCUAGGAUCCUCCUAUAUUAUGGAGGUGAAUUUGGAAGAUUGAACUCCUAGCCUAAAUCCCAGCGUAACGGGACAAAACAUGUCCCGUUACAGUUAUGAAAAGAAUUUCUCAGUCUUUGGAAACUUUAGGAAAUAUGUGAGAUACUGUAACACCUCUAUUAAAAUAUAUAUUUAACAUGGGAAUUAUCAUUUUUUAAAUUAAUAUAGAUAUUUCAGUGCAAGUAUUCUACAUAUUGUCUCUUUAAAUUGACUGGUAACUAUUGGUUGUAAAGUGUACUUUUAACAUCUCCCUCUGGAUUUUAGUAUACAUUAUCUCAAAUGCUACUUUUUUAUAAAAUGAUGACAUAAAAAUAGUUAUGUAACAGCAUGACAAACAAUCAGUAUUUGAGUUUCCCAUCCGAAUUAUGACGUUAUAGGAACAUACUAGCUGCUGUGGGAACAAGAUCUAUUAUAACUAAUUAUCUCUCAUACUCUUGUUUUUCUGAUUGGCAGCUCUAAAUUUAGCCUUGAAAAUGUGAAAUUGAUGGUUCAGAUGUAUUUCCUACAAGUAACAUUAAUAUUGCAUGCUUUGAGGUAAUGACUGAGAUAAAUGAAGGCAGCUAGAAGAGAAAGAUCAGACUAUCUCAGAGAUGAUUUUGCUCCAGUGGUUAUUCUUGAAAUUGCAGUCAAAGCGACCGCAUGAGGCCCACGUUGAUUAACAAGAAUUAUUCUUUGAGUGUUUCACUUUAUGUUGUACUCGCUUGUGAGCAUGCUCAGCAAAAUCUCAUCUCCACUUCUCAUUAUAUUGACUGCAUGUUACACCAACUUGCAAGUUUAUUAUUUAUAUGACAAAUCCAAUAACAUCCCCUGAUAUAUGUUCUCAUGACUCCACAUCAUCAUGUAGGGCUGCUGCUUUCUGCAGGUUGCACUCAUUACCAUAUUGCCAUAAGAAUAUUAAUUUCCUGUUCAGAAGGAGAAGCAGCCAAAUGACAGGGUGAAGACUUUUUAUUGUUGUUUUUGUAAUUUUUCUUCGGGAAGAGGGGAAAUGCCAAACCAGGAGGUGUACAACUGUCAGCCCUCCAAUGAACUGUGUACCAGAGCAGACCUGAUUCUGUCCUCCUCUUUUUGAGCUUCAGGAAACGGGAACAAUCUUUUCCAGUGGGACGUGGCAGGAGUUGUCAUGAAUUUUUCUUUCCUUGCUCUUAAAUAUACAAAAAAAGGAUAUGAAGGACUGACUCUUUGGCUAUUCAGCAGUAUGUGUGACUUUUGUCCUGUGUUCUCACAUGCUUAGUCACCUCAUUUUUUAUGAUUCUAGCAUAUUUACAUACAGUAUGUCUGUUAUGUAGUCAGACAGAGGUGAGGUGUGUUACAUGGAAAAUAUGUGAUUACUGACUGUAUCUUUUUAUGCUCAAGCGAAUCCAAAUGACCUCAGAGUUACACUUUAUUCACUGUUUUAUUCCACGGUAAUGAGUUGAUGUUUUUUACUUCACAUUUUGUAUUAUCUGAUGUUUAAUUUUAUUCUAUUAUUUUGUCAUAUUAUGUAUUUCCCAUAGAAAAUGCCACAUUUUGCAUGAUCUAUCCAACACACUCCCAGUUUACUCUCAUUUGUCACAUCGGUUAGCUUUGAUUCAUUUUUCUAUUUAACUUGAAUUGCCCACCACACCAGCUAAUGUCAUCUACUUUCACUUGAGGCUGUUCAGACUCCAAGUAUUGUUGAGUGUAUGAUGUGGCAUCAUCGCCCAAUAAAGAGCACA